AUGGAUUCCAAUCACUAUGGAACACUGUUGUUAGCCAGCACGUCUUCCUACGUGGGAAGAUUGCAGCCCUUUACAAACACCAACAUCAAUGGGCUGCGGAAAAUAGCCUUUGCCAUCACUGCCAUUAAGGGCGUGGGGCAGAGAUAUGCUCAUCUGGUGUUGAGGAAAGCAGACAUCGACCUCACCAAGAGGGCUGGAGAACUCACGGAGGAUGAGGUGGAGCGAGUGAUCACCAUCAUGCAGAACCCACGACAGUACAGCAUUCCAGACUGGUUCCUGAACAGACAGAAGUAUGUGAAGGAUGGGAAGUGCAGCCAGGUUCUGGCCAAAGGUCUAGACAACAAGCUGCCUGAGGACCUGGAGCGGCUGAAGAAAAUUCGAGCCCAUAGAAGGCUGCACCACUUUUGGGGCCUUCGUGUCCGCGGCCAGCACACCAAGACCACUGGCCGCAGGGGCCGUACUAUGGGUAUAUCCAAGAAGAAAUGA